ACAAGCAAGCAAAAGACUGAAAGAGGGCAAGUGCAAGGCAGAACCCCACCCACGACGAGCGUCUGUCCGUCGGACGGCGAUUAAAUACACCCUUAAAAGCGUCGUCGCCUCCCACCGCUCGCUCCUCCGGGGCAAACUUACAAACACCUCGCGUGGCGUUCCCUUCCAUUUCUCGACUCGACGCCGCCGCCAGCCGCCAGCCGCCAGCCGCGAUCUCGAACUGGUCGUAGCAAGCAAUGGACUCGCGCGCGGCCAAGCUGAUGCAGCAGCAGGGGAUGCAGCCCUUGUCAUUGCCCAUGGCCACGUCCUUUGCGACCGAGGCUGCUGCGGCCAAGCCGAGGGCGGCGGGGCUGCCGCCGACGCCGCCCUUCUCUGCCGCUGCCGGCGGCGGCGUGCAGCGUGACGUGUGCAUGGAGGACUCCUCUUCCUCGGCCGCGGCGGCGCUCAAGGCGGCGGCGCACCGGCGGUCCCGCAGCGACGUCCCGUACGGCUACUCCCCGUCAAUGGCGUCGGCCAUGGCCAUGGGCCGCCUGCAGCCCAAAACAGAGUGGGGGCAGCCGCAGCAGCACCUCGUUGAAAACAAUGGCUUCAACGGGAACGGCAACGGGGGGGAUGACUUGUUCAACGCGUACAUGAACCUGGAGGGCCUGGACGCGCUCAACGCCGCGGCGUCGUCUUCCCCGGACAGCCGCGGGAGCAGCGUCAAGGCCGAGAGCAGCGAGAACGAAGGCUACGGCUCCGAGGAGGGUGCCGUUCGCGGCGCGCUCUGGGCCGAUGGCAACGCCGGGAGCGGCAGCAACAAGAGGAGCGCUGCCGCUGCAGGCGCAGUUGGUGAGCCGGCGGCGGCCAACGUGGCCAGGCAUGCCAGGAGCCUGUCCAUGGACAGCCUCAUGGGCAGGCUCAACUUCGCGUCCGGCGCGGGCGCUUCCGCUUCCGCCGCGCGGGCGGCGAAUGGCGGCGCCGGUGGUGGUUCAGUGUUCAGCCUGGAGUUCGGGAGCGGCGAGUUCACCCCCGUGGAGAUGAAGAAGAUCAUGGCCGACGAGCGGCUCGCUGAGAUGGCUCUCGCCGACCCCAAGCGCGUCAAGAGGGUGCUGGCGAACAGGCAGUCGGCGGCGCGGUCCAAGGAGCGCAAGAUGCGGUACAUCGUGGAGCUGGAGCAGAAGGUGCAGAUGCUGCAGACUGAGGCCACCACGCUGUCCGCGCAGCUCACCCUCCUGCAGCGCGACUCGGCGGGGGUGGCGACGCAGAACAACGAGCUGAGGUUCAGGCUGCAGGCCAUGGAGCAGCAGGCACAGCUGCGCGACGCUCUGAAUGACGCGUUGACGGGAGAAGUCCAGCGCCUCAAGAUCGCGACAGCCGAGAUCGGCGUCGGCGACUCCUGCUCUUCCAGCGGCAUGGCUCAACAGAACCAAAUGUUUCAGCUGCAGCAGCACCAGGGCCAGGCUACACCGAGACCGUUCUAUCAACUUCAGCAGCAGCAACAACAACACAAUGGCAACCAUGAGCCCAGAGAGUGAUUGCAGAUGCAUUUGGACUAGAGAGACAUUACAGGCACAACAGACGAAAAAAUUGGUUUAGAUGAGCUGAACUUUAUAUGGUUUCCUGACUCUAUUUUUUAAAUGUCGUUAAUAAUCACCUUGUAAUUUUCCGGGCGAUGCAACUGCCUGGACUUCUUUUCUUCUUUUUUGGGUUCGUUGAUUCUUUGGAUGAUACAAAUGUUAUUUGAACCACCAAACUGGUGGAGCCGUAGAUGAUCAAUAUUCUUUUGAACUAGCAUCGAUUUGUCGGGUAUUUUGCGUACCUUCAUUGCCUGAGGAUACACUUACAUUGUUUGCAAAAUAAUAAUUGAAAAUGCUGUAGCAUGGCACUUUGUUUGGUUAGCAAGCUACUGUUUCAAUUACAUUUCUUGUUACCCGGUGCA